AAGUUGCGUUAUUAUAUUUCUUAUUCACGGGAUAUUAACAUGUUCAUUAAAAAGAAAACUGCAUUAAUGCAGUAUAUAGCGAUUCUAUAAUUAUCACAUGCAUGACAUUUACCGGUAAAAUUAACUAAAAACCAGAUAGUACUGUUUUCAAGGUAAAGGUUGCGGUAGUUUUAGAAUGUAACUAACUGAUUGGCAAGGUUUGCAUGACUAUUUUUAAACGCAUUAAGUAACAUGUGACAGUCAAAUAUAGAUUUGAUUACUGCAGAUCUGAAAAAUGUACAUACAUUAUUCGAUAAUUCGUAUCAUUCGGUUCACCAGAGUUCAACACGUAUUUUCCGAUCAAGAAAAAUUCCGGUCAUUAUUCGAUUGCGUCAAUUCUCACUGUUUGCACUCGCCAUUUAAGUUGUUUUGCAAACAUACGGACAUCGAGCUCGAUAUAACCAGCACUAUAAAUAAUAUCAAAUUAUCCCGAUCAAUUUUAAACCGUUUCAGUGGGACAAAUUGCGCGAUAAGAAAACGACAAAAAGGAAAUUUAUACGUUGUUGUUUAGACUGGCGCCGAUAAAUCUAUUUUUAUCUUGCAUUUGUCACGUUUUCAUCAAUCUUUGCUUAUUAUCAACUCCUGGGCCAAAAAUAUUAAAAAUAGAUUUUAUUUUAAGGUAAAAUAUGUUUUUGACUGAACAAAUUCAACGAUAAUAACGAUAAAUGAUCGAAUUAAUGUAGUCAUUUUAAUUAAGUGCAUGUGCUCCUGUGCUACACUAAAUUGUUAUCUAUAACAAAGUGAUGGUUCUCAAGCGUUCGAAGAAGGUGAGGAAAGCUGGGCCCAGAACUCGCCACGCAACAAUCGCAACGCUGUCACGCCUCCCGCGGGCAAAUUCCCGAUGCACAACGGAACCAACGUCCAAUUCGAGGCGCCAAAAGUGCCGGUCAUCUUUGUACUCGGUGGACCGGGAAGCGGCAAGGUAACCCACUGCGACAACCUGAUGCAGGAGAAGAACGGCGUGACCCACAUCAACAUGACGGACUUGUUGCAGCAGUACGCCAUUGGCAACGACAUGCCCGAUUUCGGAAUGCUGAGCAGCAAAACCGUCACCGAGGUGCUGAUGCUGGAGAUGAAGAUGGCGCCCAACGCCAAGACUUAUCUCGUCUCCGGCUAUCCGAGGAACAUGCGGGACGUCGUCGAAUACUCAGAAAAGAUCCAAAUGGUGAACGGCGUGAUAAUGAUAUCGUGGCGGCAAAAGGUGUUGGAAAGACAGAUUGAUUACGGUGCCAAAUUAGGUCAGGUGGUUUUGUCUUUGGCGAGGAUGGAGCUCAACAAUUUUUACAAGAACGUCAUUCCAGUAGCCGAGUACUUCGAUCAAAGCAACAUGCUCAUUUCGAUAAACGGCGAGCGACCUCCUGCCGAUGUAUAUAAGGACUUCAGGUCGUCCGUGUUCCGAAUAUUGGGGAUGCAGGACAAUCCUCCGGUGUUCACCGACGGCAAAACAGCUCCCGUACCUGAAGACGUCACAACCGAACUUCCAAAAAUGGCAGCACUUCCUGCCGUGCAGCCCCCAAAGCCGGAACGACUGGUGAUAUCGCCGCCCCGUCCGAAAACGCAGGUCAUAUCGGUCAACCAGACUAACCAAGAGAACUACGUGUCCCCGCAAAAGGAACGGUAUCCGCCCGUCUUGUGGGUGAUAGGCGGACCGGGGAGCAACAAGGCCGCCCUUUGCGCCACCGCCUCCAAGGAAACCGGAUGGACCCACAUCAGUCUAGGCAAAUUGAUGAGGGCGGCUGCCGAAACACCCGAUCCGAGGAACGACUCUGACGUUAAGAAAAUGAGGGAGUGCAUAAGUAACGGGGAGAUGGUACCUUUGGAAAUCGUGAUGAAGUACGUGGACACGAACAUGGCGAACAACGUGGAAGCUGAGGGGAUCAUUCUGGACGGUUUUCCCAGAGACAUGACCCAAGCCACGGAAUUCGAGAACAAAUACAAGCAAAAGCCAACGAUUAUCCUGCUGGACUGUUCGAAGCUGCAAUUCGGAAGAGGUCGACUGGACGACAGCGUCACAGCAUUCCGAAGGCGAUUGGAAAUCUUCAGGCAAGCCUCUUUACCGAUGCUGAAGGCCAUGGACAACAUAGGUCGCCUCACCAUCGUGGACGGCGACACGGACACGGUGCCGGUUCAGGAGGACUUCAGGAGCGUGGUGCACCAGCACAUCGACUACAUGAAAUCGAACUCGCAGCCGCCGACCGCGUUGGUGGGCAACGGACACGCGAACGGCCACAUCCCCAACGGCUACCAGCAGAGACCGUCCGGCUCGGAGGACACCACGAUCGAGGAUCUGGAGGAGACCGAACCGAUCGAGACGAUCAGCAAACAAGUCGGCAACGGGAUCGCGCACACCGUCACCAAAAUGACGAACGGAUUCGCGAACGGCGUCAAGAACGGACAGUUGGCGAACGGACAUGCGGGCAACGGGUUGCCGCAGUACGAGAGGAACGGUUACCAUGUCGUCAACUACAUGGAUGGCAACAUGUAAAGGGACGACGGGUACGGUGAUUCAGAUAUGUGAUAAUAAAAUAAACUUUGUUUAGGUUUAGGUAGGUUACGAGUGCUCAAUCAUGAUCAAGAGUGCCUUAGAUUUGUUGUCGGUGCCCAAAAACAUUUUCAGAUUCAAAUUCGGUAUUUAUAUUAGAGUAAAACGACGUAAAUCAGUUACUGCGCCUUUUUACUCUGACGACGAUUUAGAUUUUUGGGCAACGAUUGGAGAAGAUUCGUAUUAACAUUGGGUCCAACAGUAUUUUAGAAUAAUCGUAUUUUUAUAGACACACCUUAGGUUAAACCAUAGGUAUAUUCUAAAGACAUUUGUUUUCGGUUGCGGCCGCUGGUCGGUCCAACCAAUCUAAUUUAUAAGUGAAUAAGUGGCAAAUUAUCAAUUAUAUUAACAUUAAUGAGGCACUAAAAUCACGACACCAACACUUCAUUUAUAUAUUUUAGUUGUUUGUAUGUAUUUUAUUAACCGACUCGACCAAAAAAUUGUUAUUUGAUCGGGUACAUCGUUUCCCUAAACAGUAUUCAAUGUUUGCGGUCCAAAUUUCGACUGAAUUUAUUUUUUAUAGUGUACAAAACAAAUGUUUUAAUGAAAACGAAUAAGAAAAAUAAACGCGUAGGUACCUGGAUUUACGAUAAAGAUACUUUUUUAUAUAAAAAUUAUAAAAGAAGGAAUCAAAGUUAGGUUUUCAAAUUUUAUACAGCAAUUAGUUUCAACAAACACGUUCGAUUUAUUAUCGUUUAUUAUUCUAGGUAAUGUGUUUAAUAAAGCAUUUAUGAUAA